GCAGGUAUGUGACAUUGCAACAGGCCUGUUAUCACCGACUGGCAGUUCCUCUAGAGCUGCCAGGGGUUUGAGUAGCUAAUAGGAGUAGUGAAUAGCACACCUGAGACCAUAGUCCUUCCAGAUCCCAGAACGGGUUUUCUACAUCCAGACGGAGCCGUUCCAGGAUCACACAAGUCAGUGGGAUAUAAAGAAGCACUACAGGACCUCCAGCUAGUUGAUUCGGGGAUACUAUAUGAGGAAAUGUGCAAUACAAUUAGGUUACAGGGAGGAGUACACUGCACACAUACAGGACAAGUAUGGAGUAAUAAAAGACAGGAACUCUCUUCCUGGUGAGAAAGUAAUUCUAGACAGCAGAUACACCAAGCUGAUUAUUGUAAAGGAAACACGUGCCAGAACGGAAAGACAACAUGAAAUAAUGGCCUCAGGACAGAGACAUGCAGAAAUCAUGUAUGAGCAAGAGAGAUCCCUCACCAUUGGUGACUUAUUUGCAGCUGAUGAGAAGGGGAAAACUCCGCGAAUUGCUGUAUUGCUGGGAGCUGCAGGGAUUGGGAAAACACUGACAGCAAAAAAGAUCAUGGUUGACUGGGCGGCUGGAAAGCUUUACAACGAGAAGUUUGAUUAUGUUUUCUACAUAAACUGCAGAGAAGUUAACUUUGACACUGAGCAGGGAAGUGUUGCAGAUUUGAUGCUAAGGAAUUGUCCUGAUCGACAUGCACCGAUUGAAGCAAUGUUGGGGAAUCCCGAGAGACUCCUGUUCAUAAUCGAUGGUUUUGAUGAACUGAGGUUUUCCUUGGCUCAGCCAGAAGAGAGUCUGUGCUCUGAUCCCUGGGAGAAGAAACCAAUGGAAAUCGUGCUGAGCAGUUUAGUCAAGAAAAAAGUCCUUGGGAAAUGCUCCUUACUCAUUACUACAAGACCAGCUGCUGUGGAGGAGCUCGGGCAGUGCUUGCACAAUGAGCGCUACGCUGAAAUCCUGGGGUUUUCAGAAACUGAGAGGAGAGAAUACUUUGACAAAUAUUUUGGCGACGAAGAGAAAGCAAGAAAAGCCUGGAAUUUUGUAAAAGCAAAUGAAAUGCUCUUCACCAUGUGCUUUGUCCCCAUUGUCUGUUGGAUCGUCUGCACUGUCAUCAAGCAGCAGAUGGAUGAGGGUGAGGAACUUGCACAGACUUCGACAACAGUCACAGGAGUGUACCUGCUCUACCUUUACAAUUUACUGAGGGAUCCAAGAAGCAAGUCAAAGCAACUCCUACAAACUAACUUGAAAGGACUUUGCUCCUUGGCUGCAGAUGGGGUCUGCAGGCAGAAAAUCCUGUUCGAAGCAGAGGAGCUGAAGAAGCACGGCUUAGACACAUCUGACUCCCUCUUUCUGAACGAGAACCUCUUUCACAAAAGCACUGACUGUGAAUGUCUCUACAGCUUCAUCCACUUGUCUUUUCAAGAGUUUUUUGCAGCUUUGUUUUAUGCUCUGGAAGAGGAAGCGGCGGCAGUAGACAAAGGCUCAGGAAAUGACAUAAAAGCUUUGGCAGCUUUGCAGAGGUCAGAUUUUUCAUCUCCGGUUGAAGAGCUUGAUCAGCUUGAGGAUUUUCACUGUUUGUAUGAAAUUCAAGAAGAAAAAUUUGUGCAAAGCGCAUUGAGUCAUUUAACAGCUGUGAAUUUAAUUUCUCAUACAUUUACCCAAAUGGAUCAAGAGGUGCUUGCGUUCUGUGUAAGAAACUGCCACCAAUUAGAAUCACUUCUUCUAGAGGCUUGUGAAUUCAGAUAUGAAGGCCUAAAUGAAGAUGUUUCAAGAUCCCCAAAGCAGCCACCUCUGAAAGAGAAGACUCACUCGUCUAUUUACCUGCUGUGUCGAGCACUGAAAGACCCACGCUGUAACGUGAAAAAGCUACGGUUGCGGCGUUGCCUUCUCACACCCGCCUGCUGUGGGGAUCUCGCCGCUGCUCUCAGCACCAGCCCCAGCCUGACGGAGCUGGACCUGCGUGGUAACCGUGAUCUGAGGGCUGACGGCGUGCGGCUGCUGUGCGAGGGACUGAGACAUCCCAGCUGCAAGGUGCAGACACUGCGGUAA